AAGCCCGGCUCAAGCCGUAGACUGUUGCCGCGCGGCCUCUUGAAGCCGGAGGCUCAUGGCGGAUGGCGAGGAAACGGGUCAGCUGAAGGAAAUCUUCCAAAAGUGGGACCGAGAUGGCAGCGGGGACAUCUCCGUGGCGGAGCUCACCCGGGUCCUCACCAAGCUGAACCCCCAGCUGGACGAAGCCGGCUGCCAGAAGAUGUUCAGCCAAAUGGAUGUCAACAGUGAUGGCAGCGUACAGUAUGGGGAGUUCAUCAACUGGCUUACUGGGAAGGACGGUUCCUACCAAGGAGCCAAGGCUGCCAUCAUGAUGGACCAGAAGCGGGCAGGCGGCAAAGGUGCGGACGCUGCCCGGAAGGCAAAGCUCAGAGCCAAGUACGCCAAGCUGGACAAGAAUGGCGAUGGGAAGCUUGACUUCGUCGAAGUGUAUGACUUUCUGCAAAAGAGGUAUCCCAACAUGACGCUGCCAGACUUGCGGUUUCUGUACAAUUGUGCUGAUAAGAGCCACGAUGGCAUUUUAGACUUCUAUGAGCUCUUGGAUGUCAUGAUGUCGGUGCCAGCGCAGAAGGCGGACCCAAAGGCCAAGGCCGCCAAGCCAACACAGCAUCCGUUGUCGAUGGCAAUCAUGCGCAAAGACGCAAGGGAUGAUAUCGAAGCAGCCCUGGCUAAAGAGAACCAGGAUCACGAAGAGUGGCUGAAGAAGGUCAACGAGAUGUCCGAAAUGAUGCAAGGCUUCAAGGAUGAGGAGAAGAGGCACAAGGAGUUCCGGGAUGCACACGCGAAGGUGAUGCGGGAACACUAUGCCAAGACUGGGCAGUUGGCAAUUUGAAACGGGCAGACGCUUACAAUGGCGGUUUGCUUAUGAGCUGGUUCCCUCAAAGGGGGACCCGGAAUAGGGUGCAAAUGUGGCGCUGCACGUCUAAGACGUGUGCGUCCGAUUCCAAUCUUGUACGCUAUCAGGCGACAGGUCCGGCAUGACACAAGCUUGCGGGACUUCUUCGGUCAGUGCGGAUUGGAGGAUGGUGGUUCUCAGGCUCCAUUGGAGCACUGAAGCCUUCAGCUGUUUGCCAGG